AUGGCUACUAACGGCGUCGCUGCUGAAAGCCUCUCCGUUGGCCACGACUGUCAGGCGGAAGCUGACGUGGCAGUGACAAUAGCGGAGGGUGACACAGCUGGGAGCGUCAAGACAGCAGACAAGGGAGCAGAAAGGGCAGCGGACAGUGCAGCAGCACAGGAUGGCGAGACUCAACAAAAGGAGGGAAUGCUGCAGGGGUUCUCGGAAAAAGACUCUAGCCGGUCGUCCUGGCGUGGAUGUGCUGACGUGGCGGGUGGGCGCGGGGGCGUGGGGCGGAUAGCGCGGGGGGAGCGGCAGCGCGUGGUGGAGGCGGCGCUGGAGACGACUGAGCAGGACAACGAGGCGGUGAUGGGGAAGAUUCGCGCUCGGCUGGAGAGGUGCGUGGGAUGGGAUGGGUGGGGCAAGGCUGCUCGCAUGCGUCUGCUGCCAGACAAGCGGCGUCGCUUCCCCAUCCUCCACGGAUGCAGCGGGGUGCUCAAGCCGGGCAGAAUGACGCUUCUCCUGGGCUCUCCUGGCGCGGGGAAAACCACCCUCAUGACUGCCCUGGCAGGCCACCUGGACAGACACCUGAAGGUAGCCACCUGGACAGACACCUGCAGGUAUGGCGGCCACCUGGACGGACACCUGACUGAAGGCGUGCCUGUCAGUGCGUCCGCUCUUGCAUUUUCCCUCUUGCCGUUUCCCUCUUGCCGUUUCCCUCUUGCCGUUUCCCUCUUGCCGUUUCCCUCUUGCCGUUUCCCUCUUUCCUCAUGCGUUCCACCUCUGCAGCUUUCUGGCUCCAUAACGUACAACGGGCAGCAGCUGAAAGAUUUCAACCCUGCCCGAACAGCAUCCUAUGUGCCCGAGUGUGACGAGCACAUCGGCGAGAUGACCGUGAGGGAGACAAUGGACUUUUCUGCCCAGCUGCAGGGGAGGGGGCCGUUCCGAGUGCUGGUGGAGGAGUUGGAGAGGAGGGAGAAGGAGAUGGGAGUGGAGCCGGAUGCGACAACAGCACUGCUCAUGAAGGCCAUGGCAGUGGAGGCCAAUCCGUCCAACAUGGUCACCAACUACCUCCUGCAGCUGCUGGGGCUGGGCAUCUGUGCCGACACGGUGGUGGGCAACGCUCUCGUGCGCGGCAUCUCAGGCGGCCAGAAGAAACGGCUCACCACUGGCGAGGAGCUGGUGGGAAUGCGGCAGGUGCUGCUGAUGGACGAGAUCAGCACGGGGCUGGACUCCUCCACCACAUUCCUCAUCGCGCGCUGCCUGCGCCAUCUCACCCACUCACUCCGCACCACCACGCUCAUCGCGCUGCUGCAGCCCGCCCCCGAGACCUUUGCGCUCUUUGACGACGUGCUGCUGCUGGCGGAGGGGCACGUGGUGUAUCACGGGCCCCGGGAGGGCGUCAUGGGGCUGUUCCGGUCGCUGGGGUUUGACUGCCCUCGCAGGAAAGGAAUCGCAGAUUUCCUGCUGGAGGUGACGUCAGCCAAGGACCAAGCACAGUAUUGGGUGGAUAAGUCGCAGCCUCACGAGAUCAUGGCAGCGGGGGACAUGGCUGCUGCCUUCCGCCACUCUGCUCUCGGCAAGCAGAGACAAGCAGAGCUGGCAACCCCUUUCAAGCCAACAGACUCGUCCACGUCAGCACUGGAAACAGCCCCCUACGCCCUCUCGCCCACUCAGAUGCUGACAGCUGUCUUCGCCCGGGAGUGGUUACUGAUGCGACGCAACGCACUGCUCUACAUGGCUCUCAUCAUGCAGGUGAUAUUCACGAGCCUCAUGUCGUCCACAGUCUUCCUGUACACGCAGCGCUCCAUCACAGCCAAGGACGGCAACAUCUACCUGGGAGUGCUCUUCCUCGGCAUCACCAUGAUGCUCUUCAACGCCUUCUUCGAGCUCCUCCUCUUCACGCUCCGCCUCCCCAUCUUCUUCAAGCAGAGGAACACGCGCCUCUACCCCGCGUGGGCCUGGGUGCUGCCCAUGGCUGUGCUGUCCCUCCCGCUGUCGGCCGUGGUGGCGGCGCUGUGGACGGCUGGCACGUACUUUCUUGUUGGCUUUGCUCCAGAUGCUGGCAGGUUCUUCAUCCAGCUCCUCAUAUUCUUCCUCAUCCACCAGACCGGAGUGGCUCUCUUCCGCCUGCUGGGGGCGGUCGGUCGCAACCUCGUGGUCUCCAUCACCCUCGGCAACUUCGCCUUCAUCAUCCUCUUCCUCCUCGGAGGCUUCAUUGUCUCCAAAGACGACAUCCAGCCAUGGUUCAUCUGGGCCUACUGGAUGUCGCCCAUCACCUACACACAGAACGCCCUCUCAGUCAACGAGCUCCUCGCCCCCAGGUGGCAAGUGUCCACAGCACCACUAAUCCCCAACUCCACGGUGGGGCUGGUGGUGCUGGAGGGGAGGGGCCUCCCAACGGAGAGCAAGUGGGUGUGGAUCGGCGUGCUGGCGCUCAUCGGCUUCACUCUCCUCUUCAACGGCCUCGUUGUCGUCGCCCUCUCCAUCCUCCACCCAUGGGCCAAGGACCAGCCAGUGACAGAAGAACAGCUGGAUGCGAGAGUAGAAGCAGCAGUGGGCCUAACAGCAGCCGCCACAGCCACCAGCAGGCGCCUCUCGAAGCGUUACAGCACUGGCAGCAGGCGCAAUUCUGAGAGUCAUGGCAGGGGGGGGGGCAUGGAUGGGGAUGGGCUGCCAAUCAGCAUCAGCAUCACACGCAGCCAGUCGGGGCAGAGCGCUCGCUCUGUUGGGUCGCGCAGCAAUGGCGCCCUCGAGCGGUACUGCGAGCGAGUCUCAUCGUCUCACUCCAUGGGGCACACAAUCGAGCGCACCCUGUCCCGGGACCUCUCUGUACCGCCCGCCACCACUCGCGGCAUGGUGCUCCCCUUCCUCCCGCUGCCCGUCGCCUUCCACAAUGUGUGCUACUGGGUCGACAUGCCGCCCGCCAUGCGCUCCCAUGCCGCCCACGCCGCCGGCAACUCUGCCACCCGCCUGCAGCUGCUGAGAAACGUCUCGGGGGCGUUCCGGCCGAAAGUGCUCACCGCGCUGGUGGGGGUGACUGGCGCGGGGAAGACAACCCUCAUGGAUGUGCUAGCAGGGAGGAAGACCGGGGGGUAUAUUGAGGGAGAGGUGAUGGUGGCGGGGCAUCCGAAGGUGCAUGAGACGUUUGCACGCGUGUCGGGGUACUGUGAGCAGAGCGACAUCCACUCGCCGCAGGUCACGGUGCACGAGAGCCUGCUGUUCUCCGCGUGGCUGCGGCUUCCCCGAGACAUCGAGAGGGACGUGCGGGAGGAGUUUGUGGAGGAGGUGAUGGAGCUGGUGGAGCUGGACGUGCUGAGGGGCGCGCUGGUGGGGCUGCCGGGGGUGAACGGGCUGAGCACGGAGCAGAGGAAGCGCCUCACCAUUGGUGUUGAGCUCGUGGCCAACCCCUCCAUCAUCUUCAUGGAUGAACCCACCUCAGGUCUGGAUGCGAGGGCAGCAGCCAUCGUGAUGCGAACGGUGCGCAACACGGUGGACACGGGGCGCACUGUGGUGUGCACCAUCCACCAGCCCUCCACUGACAUCUUUGAGGCCUUUGAUGAGCUGCUUCUAAUGAAGACAGGAGGAGAGGUUAUCUACAUGGGGCCUCUGGGGGUCAACUCGAAGCAUCUCAUCAACUAUCUUCAGGCCAUACCCGGCGUGCAGCCCAUCCCUGAUGGUUACAACCCCGCCACGUGGAUGCUCGAAGUCACGGCGCCUGCUAAUGCUGAGAGCAUUGGGGCCGACUUUGCGGAGAUCUUCAGGAACUCGCAGCUGUUCAGGGACAACGAGGCGCUGAUCGCGUCUCUCUCCACCCCUCCUGCCGGCUCCGUGCCGCUCCACUUCCCCACGCGCUACUCCACCUCCUUCCUCACUCAAUUCCUCGCCAACUUCUGGAAGCGCGCGCUCAUGUACUGGCGCGCGCCCGACUUCAACGCAGUCCGCUUCUUCCUCGCCGUCUGCAUCUCCCUCCUCAUGGGAGCCGUCAUGUUCGGGUUCGGCCACUACCACGCCACGCAGCAGGAGGUGCUGAACGUCAUGGGAGCGCUUUAUGUGACGUCGCUGCUCAUGGGGUGGAACGCCGCGACUUCUCUCCAGCCCAUGCUGUGUACCGAGCGCACGGUGUUUUACCGGGAGCGGGCCGCCGGGCUGUACGGGUCGCUCCCGUAUGCGCUGGCGCAGGGGGCGAUCGAGACGCCGUAUGUGGUGGUUGAGACGCUGCUGUUCUGCGUGAUCACCUACGCGCUGCUCGAGCUGGAGUGGACGGCCGGCAAGUUUUGGAUGUACUGCGCGUUCAUUUGCCUGACGCUGCUGUGCUUUGCGAGCUUCGGCAUGAUGGCGGUGGCCAUCACGCCCAAUGAGCUGCUCGCUGUGGUGCUCAGCGGCUUCUUCGUGAUGCUCUGGAACCUCAUGUGCGGCUUCCUCAUCCCCCAGCCGGAAAUUCCUGUGUGGUGGAGCUGGUUCUACUACAUCAACCCGAUCGCCUGGUCACUCUACGGCCUCAUCACCUCUCAGCUGGGCGACAUUCAGGACCCACUCACAGUGCCAGGCUACCCAGUCCAGAUCACGGUGCAGCAGUUUCUGGACCUGUACCUGGGUUACCAGGAGCAGUGGAUUGGUUACGCCAGCCUCAUUCUCGUGGCCUUCUCCGCGCUCUUCUUUGUCGUCUUUGCCGUCGCACUCAAAGUCAUCAACUUCCAAAAACGCUAG